UGACAAAGAGGUUAUUACUUCUAUUUAUAUGCUUAUCAAUUUCAUCCUGUUAUCGUGAUCACCUCAACCAGUUUUUACAUGAUUUUGAAGAGCUGGCAAAAGAAAAGAUAUAUUUAGAGCACGUGAAAAACUCUACAGUUUUGACUGCAAUGAAACUUUAUGUCAGAAUUGAGCUAGAAAACAAGAUUUUCCAUGCCUCAUUACACCCUCAUCUAAGCUUAUUUCACCCUGAUGUUAUCAUAAAGCACAAAUUUGCUGACAGGGAGAAAGUGAAAUCAUUAGAUGUGUUGGAGUAUUUAGAGGGCCAUCUGGUUGAUAAUUGUGAUACGAGCAGAGUGCUCAUACAUAUCAAAGAUAACAUCGUCACUGGAACUAUUCAAGUUUCUGAAAGUGAAAAAUAUUUCAUAGAGCCCUCACACCGGCAUAUCAAAGAACCACAUGAUUUUCACAUGAUUGUUUACAAACUGUCAGAUGUUAAGUUUAACUUUACACAACCUGAUACAGAAGAGGCCACUUUUGUGGGCACAAAAUGCAUAAAAAUAAAAGUGGUUAUUCUGGCAAAGAUUUCGAAUUCAUGAUGCCUCAGAAACCCAUGAAGGAAUCAUUCGAAUAUUCAAGAAAGAAGCGUGCAACAUCGACCUUUAAUACCCACUGUACCCUUGCUCUUGUUGCUGAUUAUAAGUUUUAUGAGUUUAAUCAAUUUAAUGAGGGUAACACUAUAAAUUACAUGGUGAGCACCAUCCAGCAGAUUAAUGACAUGUUUCAGACACAAUCUUUAGAUCCCGAUGAAUCUGACGAAUUUUUUGGCUUUGGUUUCUCUAUCCAAUACGUUGAGGUUAUCAUGGACAAAUCUGAAACAGAUCAGAGCUCAUAUAAAUAUGUCGGAGAAAGUCGGGGUGUAUCUGAAUUACUUAAAAUCUUCAGCGGUGGUAUGUGGCGUCCAAAAUAUUGCUUGGCCCAUUUGUUUACAAACUAUGACUUCGACCAUGGAGUUCUUGGUUUAGCUUAUGUUGCUAAACCAUCUAAAUCUAAAAUUGGGGGUGUUUGUACUGAACACCAUGGCAAAUUAGGAAAGAAAUGGAGCGCUAAUACUGGGUUAAGUACUCUGACAAACUAUGGGAGAACACUGUUAAGUUCGGAGAUAGUGUUUGUCACAGGACAUGAAAUGGGACACAACUGGGGCUCUCCACACGACUCCGGUGACUUGGAGGAAUGUGCUCCUGCACAGAACAGAUACCUGAUGUACCCCUCCGCCGCGGAUGGUUCACAACCAAACAACUAUAAAUUUUCUAAUUGUAGUAAAAAGGCCAUAAAAGACGUUCUUGUAGGAAAAUCAAAUAUCUGUUUCAUCAAGGAUAUGACAGCUACAUGUGGUAACGGUAUUAUAGAAGCUGGAGAAAAGUGUGAUCCGGGCAUGGCUAGUUCGUCAUGUUGUAAAGCUUGUCAGUUAACGGAAGGUUCGGAAUGUGAUCCCGCAAAUAAUGAAUGCUGUGGGGAAGAGGGAUCAGAGCACCAAUGCAAGAAGCAACCUGGAAAAUCUUGUCGUUUAGGUCAGAUAAGUAGUUGUCACGUGGAUCGUACAUGCCAACUUAACGAAACCAGCAAUGAGCUCCAGUGUGCUGCCGGACAAGAUGUUGAGGACGGUAAACCGUGCUUUGACAAUGGACGAUGUAAACUGGGCACGUGUUUGGACCAGUGUACGUUUGUCAGCAAGUAUCCCUGCGUCUGCUCCGAUGAGGAAUAUACCUGUAAACAAUGCUGUAAAGAUCAUGACGACGAAAAAUCUUGGUGUAAACCUUUCAUUAAUACAGAUGAAGGUGAAACUGUUGUUGGAAACCGUCCUAAUGGUAAAUAUUGUGGAGAUGGAGCCUGUGUUGAUGGUGUCUGUGAGGUCGGAGCUCAGGAUGUCCAAACAAAGCUGUGGCAAGUCAUUGAUGAUCUGAGUGUUAAUAAGGUUUCGAAGUGGUUCAAGCAUAACAUUGUUUUAACAAUUAUCGUUUUAAGUAGCUUAUUUUGGGUUCCACUCGCUAUGUUUCUCAACAUGCUCGACAGAAAGUAUUAUAGAAGCGUAAUGGAAGAUAUUUAUGAAGAAUUCUAUCUGAGAAUUAUUCGUGAAGAUGAACCUCAACCUCAACCUCAACCUCAACCUCAACCUCAACCUCAACCUCAACCUCAACCUCAACCUCAACUUCAACCUGAAUCUGAACCUAGUGACCACUGUGUAAAGGAACAAAGUAUCAUUAUUGAGAUUGUUAAAAGUAAUCAGGAUAUGAGCAUUCACGAUACUUCUAUCGAAAGCUGCACUUCUUAAUCUUCUGAUGUUGUUUAAACUUGUUUAAAUUAUUUAUUACUAUUACUUUAUUAGCGAUUCUGAAGACAUUUAUUAAAAAUUUACUAUAUGCAAACUUACUAAUAUGUGCAAACUUAGAUGCUUCAAUAGCUUUAAAAGUUAAUAUGUACUUACACCUCAAAUUCGGAAUAUUUGAAACAUUCUUAUCUUAAUAAUGAUAUUUAAAUUUUUAUGACGAAGUUAUUUGUCAUAUUAAU